CCUGAACACUGAACCCGCACCUCGGACCUGCAGCCGCCGUCGCACGCCAUGGGUCUCCGCCUUUGCCCCUACUACGCGGUCUUCCUCCCGGGUGGCCUCCUGUUUCUUCUGCUGCUGCUAAUGCUGUUCGCGGACCCAGGGCUGCUGGCUCAACGUCACCCCCCGGUGGUGCUGGUGCCCGGUGAUUUGGGUAACCAGCUUGAGGCAAAGCUGGACAAGCCGACAGUUGUUCAUUACCUCUGCUCCAAGAAGACUGACAGCUACUUCACACUCUGGCUGAACCUUGAACUGCUGCUGCCUGUCAUCAUUGACUGCUGGAUCGAUAAUAUCAGGCUGGUUUACAACAGAACAUCCAGGGCCACCCAGUUUCCUGAUGGUGUGGAUGUGCAUGUCCCUGGCUUCGGGAAGACCUUCUCAUUGGAGUUCCUGGACCCCAGCAAAAGCAGUAUGGGUUCCUAUUUCCACACCAUGGUAGAGAGCCUUGUGGGCUGGGGCUACACACGGGGUGAGGAUGUUCGAGGGGCCCCCUAUGACUGGCGCCGAGCCCCAAAUGAAAACGGGCCCUUCUUCCUGGCCCUCCGCAAGAUGAUCGAGGAGAUGCACCAGCUGUAUGGGGGCCCCGUGGUGCUGGUUGCCCACAGCAUGGGCAACAUGUACACGCUCUACUUUCUGCAGCGGCAGCCGCAGGCCUGGAAGGACAAGUAUAUCCAUGCCUUCGUGGCACUGGGUGCGCCCUGGGGGGGCGUGGCCAAGACCCUGCGUGUCCUGGCCUCAGGAGACAACAACCGGAUCCCCGUCAUUGGGCCGCUGAAGAUUCGGGAGCAGCAGCGGUCUGCUGUCUCCACCAGCUGGCUGCUCCCCUACAACUAUACUUGGUCCCCUGAGAAAGUGUUUGUGCACACACCCACAAUCAACUACACACUGCAAGAUUAUCAAAGGUUCUUCCGGGACAUUGGCUUUGAAGAUGGCUGGCUCAUGCGGCAGGACACAGAGGGGCUGGUUGAAGCCAUGAUGCCACCUGGCGUGCAGCUGCAUUGCCUCUAUGGCACUGGUGUCCCCACACCAGACUCCUUCUACUAUGAGAGCUUCCCCGACCGCGACCCUAAAAUCUGCUUUGGCGACGGCGAUGGCACUGUGAACUUGCAGAGUGCUCUGCAGUGCCGGGCCUGGAGCAGCCGCCAGGAGCACCAAGUGUCAUUGCAGGAGCUGCCAGGCAGCGAGCACAUUGAGAUGCUGGCCAAUGCCUCUACCCUGGCCUACCUGAAACGUGUGCUCCUUGGGCCCUGAUUACUGUGCCAGCUGGGGCUGCUGGAUGGCUUGACCAUGGGGCUUGGUCUCUGGGGCUGUCAUGACCCACGAGUUUAGCAAAGCGUGUGACCGACCAUUCAAGGUCUUGGGUCUUGGGCUGUGAAGCAUCUGCCAUAGGGAAGUGCUGUCUCUUAUCCUCCCUCUGUGGCAGUCAAGAAGGAAGAAAUAAGAGUCUGGACUUGAGACAUCCUUGAUGGAAAGAAUGCUGCUGAUGGAGGAAUUGUUGUGACUUCGGGACUGGUUCUGCAGGUGGAUUGGCUGGCAUGUGGCCCCAAUCCCCAGUUCCAGGGCCAUGCAUUUCUUCUACCCCUAUGGCCUUUUCACACUCGCCCACUGGGCCAUGGCCCCUCAGCCUUCCUGUUAUGGAUUUUACUGAGCUGUGGUCCCUGCCCCCAUAGGUCCCAGGGAUAGGCUCCUGGCCCCUUGGCCCCUCGGGUGACUCUUCCCACACACUGGUCACAGGUAGGUCUGCCAUUGGCCAUGGGUGGCUGGAGCUGCUGGCUUCCCUGUGGCCUAGCUGGUAGACGGCCUGACUGGUUUCCUGGGGGCAGUCCAGUAGUCCCUGCAGGCAGGGGCAGUUUGUUUUGUUUUGUGUAGUUCCCAGGUCCUGAGGCAUUUACUCCACUCCUACCUCCCUCACCUCCAAGAGCAGCCUAGCUCUGGAUUAGGCAACAGAUGGUCCCCCGGUUCUGGGACCAUGCCCCAGGGGCCCUGAUCACCUCGAUUGAGCUGUUGGCCCCAGUACUGAAGCUGGCUUCCUUUGCCCUGGGACUGUGGUUCAAGAAUGAGAGCAGAGCCCAGUGCUGUGGCCUUCUAGGUACGCAUGAAGAAAGGGAGCUCAAAGAGGUAGCUGAAGCUGCUCAGAGCUGCCCUGAGUUGCCCUCUUACUAACCCCAUCACCGCAUUGCCAGCUGCUCUAAGCUGUCUCCAGUAUCAAAUGGGGCUGGCACAGGGUGGAGAGGUGAUGGGGCUCCUGCCCACCAUUCCCAGAACCUACUUCCACUAGGCAGCUGAGUGGUAUUUCGUUUGCAGGAACUAGCCCCAAAACUUGGGUGGGUCCUUGAGACAUUCAGGUACCUUGGGGACUCCCUGGGGGUCUUCUGUCUGCUCCAGGGAUGCUGCAUCGGUCUCCCUGUGAUAGCAUGGAGAGUCUGGGCCUGCCUUGCUGGCAGUGGGCUCCAAGUGGGUGACUGGCUAUCCGCCAAGACUUGAGUCCAGCCUCUAGAUUAGGGUCCCAAAGGACUGUGCUGCUCUCCCACAGAGUUUCUGUGGAGAUGGAUUUUUCCUGUUAUGUACAUGCCCAGCAUCUGUCUCUUUGUUCCUGAAUGGUGGGCUCUGCCUGGGGUUCUGAGCACGCUGUACCUCGAUUCUGACAAUAAAAGUAUUCUGGAUGCUA